AUGUCGCAUCCAACCCCCAUACUGAGUUCGGCUAUCUCCCGCCGCAAUCCGGAGGACGAGUACGAGCUGAUCCACAAGAUCGGUUCUGGGACGUACGGCGAUGUGUACAAGGCCAAGAAGCUGCAGUCGAACGAUCUCGCUGCGAUCAAAGUCAUCAAGCUCGAGCCGGGCGAUGACAUCCAGAUCAUCCAGCAGGAGAUACUGAUGAUGCGCGACUGCCGGCACUCGAACAUCAUCUCGUACUAUGGCUCGUACAUGCGCCACGACAAGCUCUGGAUCUGCAUGGAGUACUGCGGCGGGGGUAGCCUACAGGACAUCUACCAGGUGACCGGUCCGCUGACCGAGCUGCAGAUCGCGUACAUGUGCCGGGAAACGCUCCGCGGUCUUUCCUAUCUCCAUUCGAUGGGGAAAAUUCACCGGGACAUUAAGGGCGCGAACAUUCUGCUUACCGAGCGGGGCGAUGUCAAGUUGGCCGAUUUUGGUGUGAGCGCCCAGAUCACGGCCACCAUCAACAAGCGUCGGAGUUUCAUCGGUACACCAUACUGGAUGGCACCGGAGGUGGCGGCCGUAGAACGGAAAGGCGGUUACAAUCAUCUGUGCGAUAUAUGGGCCUGUGGUAUUACUGCGAUCGAAUUAGCCGAACUGCAGCCGCCGAUGUUUGAUCUGCACCCGAUGCGGGCACUCUUCCUGAUGUCCAAGAGCGGUUUCAAACCACCGACACUGAAGGAGAAAGAUCGUUGGAGUACCAAUUUUCACUCCUUUCUCAAGGUGGCACUCACGAAGAAUCCCAAAAAGCGACCGACAGCGGAACGGUUGCUGCAGCAUGCCUUCUUCCAGUCGGACAUGUCCAUCCGGUUGCCGCAGGAGCUGCUGCAAAAAUAUCACAGCCCGCACGCGAGCUACUACUACCAGGAUACGGAGGAGGAAGGAGCCAUCGCGAAUGGACCGCAGAGAAUAACGAGUCGAAUGCAUUCCUCCAAUUCUAUUUACCAUUGCAAAAUGUUGGAAAAUGAGCGUUCAUCUAGUCCCGAAACACUACCGAGUGAUAUGAGUCUAUUGCAUUAUAUAGACGAGGAGUUGAAGAUAAGGCGUACGCUACCACUGCACGAUAAUUCUUUGCUGGUGUGUGCAAACGAUGACAUACUAUCCGGCAGCAAUGGGCAGCAGCAUCGUGCCGGGAACGGUCCGGGUGGUGCGAUCGGUGGCAGCAAUCAUCACCACCAUCUGCUGGACGACGAGGACAGUCUGAUUGCGUCGGACAGCAGCUAUCUGUCGGCGGGCCUGUCGACGGCAUCGGAUUAUGACAAUAAUGGCCGCGACGAUUCGACGCUCAGCUACGAUGCAAUGGACCAGCUGACCGCAAAACUAGAGCAGCUAAAUGCGCAAAAUGGAGCUACGGCUAUGUGUGAACCACAAGAACAUGGUAGUAGUAAUAGCGAUAGCAAGAGACAUUCAAUGGAUCAGCUGAAUGAACUGUUUAAGGGAAUCGACAAGUCUUCCAGGCAGCGUAGUUUAAGUGACGGCGAUGGAACCAGUGAGGCAGCUUCCGAAUCGCAACCGGACCUGCUUAACAAUACACCGCCCAUUCCCCCGAAGCGGCAUCAUCGCACCCGACGGCAUACGCCACCCCGGCCCGUUUCGAACGGGUUACCGCCAACGCCGAAAGUACACAUGGGCGCUUGCUUCUCGAAGGUGUUUAAUGACUGUCCGCUGCACAUCAACUGCACAGCCUCAUGGAUACAUCCGGAAACGCGCGAUCAGCACCUGCUGAUCGGGGCCGAGGAGGGCAUCUUUAAUUUAAAUCUCAACGAGCUGCAUGACGCGGCGAUCGAGCAGCUGUACCCGCGUCGUACCGUUUGGCUGUACGUGAUCAAGGACAUUCUGAUGUCCCUGUCGGGCAAAACGACCCAGCUGUACCGGCACGACCUGCUGGCGCUACAUUCCAAGCAAACGCACCGCUUCUCAAUGCACAUGAAGAAGAUCCCGGAGAAGUUGGUACCGCGCAAGUUCGCACUGACGACGAAGGUCCCCGAUACGAAGGGUUGUAUGCAGUGUUGCGUGACGCGCAAUCCUUACAAUGGGUACAAAUAUCUGUGCGGUUCGAUGGCAACCGGGAUCUUUCUGAUGCAAUGGUACGAUCCGUUGAACAAGUUUAUGCUGCUGAAGCAAUGCGAAUGGCCAUCCGGUAAUAUACAGUACUACGGUGCAAACUCGAACGUGUUCGAAAUGAUCAUCACACCCGAACUCGAAUAUCCGAUCGUGUGUGUGAAUGUGAGAAAAGGACCGAACGAGUCGUUAAAGCUGGAUUUGAUCAAUACCAACAGCACUCCCAGUUGGUUUAAUACCACCGUCGAAGAGAUGGACGGUAUGGCAACGGUCAUAAAUCGGCGAGAUACGCUUCGACCAAUUAAAGUGCAUCAGAUUGAAAAAGAUGCGAUAUUAGUGUGUUACGAUCGGUUCGUACAAAUCGUUGACAUUCAGGGUUUCCCAAAGCAGAGCCGCAAGCUCAUAUCGCGCGUGGAAUUUAGUUUUGUAAUCGAAAGCAUAGUCUGUUUAACUGAUAGUGUAUUAGCGUUUCACAAAUACGGUAUGCAGGGCCGCUCGCUAAGGAAUGGUGAGAUUACGCAGGAAAUUACCGAUACGAGCCGGAUCUAUGAGCUUAUCGGCAGUGACAACAAAGUGGUAAUGUUGCAAAGCCGCACCAUCCGUGCGGACAGUGGCGAAGGAACGAGUGAUGUUGGGCACGAUCUGUACAUAUUGGCGGGCCACGAAGCAAGUUACUAA